AUGAACAUCGUCAAUGGGUCCAAUAGUACCAAUGGUAUCAAUGGUACUAAUGGUACUAAUGGUACUAAUGGUACUAAUGGUACUAAUGGUACUAAUGGUACUAACGGUUCCAAUGGUAAUGAUGGUCGUGGUGCUCCUACCGGUUCUAGCGCGCCUAAUGCUAUUGAGCAUACAACCUCAAGAAGAAACAACACGCAAGCUUAUCUAAUCAAUCUUUUAAAUCGAAUCCAACCUGGUCCUGGCAUGACUCGGCAGCAGAAGCUUCAGCAAAUGAUUCGCACUGGCGAGUUAAAGCGUGAAGAUAUAGUAUUACUUCAGAGGCAUCAGCAGUAUCUCAAGCAGCAGCAGCAACAACAACGACAGAAGCAACAGCAGAUACAACAGGUACAACAGGCUGCCAGGAGGAAUGUAGCCCCUGGUGGGAAGAAUCUUUCGCCAAGUCUUAUUCCUGAAAAGUCGACCUCUUCUGGGUUUCAGCAGCAACAACAGCAGCAACAACAACAGCAACAGCAACAGCAACAACAACAGCAACAACAGCAACAACAGCAACAGCAACAACAGCAACAACAGCAACAGCAACAACAGCAACAGCAACAGCAACGGCAACAACAGCAGCAGCAACAUCCACAGAGAACGUUCCUGGGUCUUACACAAGAACAGCUGGCUAAACUUACACCGCAGCAGCGUAAAACUCUCAUGCUGCAGCAGCUCAGAAGACGGGCUAGAACCCAAAGGUUCUACGAAAGUAAUGCAGAGAUUCUCAAAAAAUACGAGAAGUAUCCCGCAUCUCUGGAACUACAUAUACAUGAGAAUCACUACAGAUUUGGUAACAAAGAUACUGUGAUUCCUAAGAAUUCUCCUACAAUCAAGGAGUUCUUGAAGUACGUUGCUCGCGGCGAUAUUCCUGAGGCACUUAUGGAAGUGAUUCGUGAUGGGGGUAUACAGAUGUAUGAUGGAAGCUUAAUUCUGAAGGUCUUUGAUCAUCGAAAUAUAGAGGAAUCUACUUUAGAGGGAAGCCGAUCUGGAAAAGCAAGUGCAGCUAAUAAUACAGGUACAGAAAACGAUGGCCUGGUCAUCACAGGCUCUACUGAUGCUAAGCUCAACGCUAACACUAAUACCAGUUCUUCGAAUGUUGCCAAUUCCCCCACGGCUCUUAAGCCUAAAGAGUAUCGUACCAUUCUACGAAUGACACAGCUCGCACUAUAUGAUGACCUCGCCAUGCAGACUGACUCCCAACAGUUUCACGAUACUUUCGCGCUGACGUUUGAAAGUGAGGUGCUCACGGCCGCCGAUAGAAGUAUCAACUUACAACCUAUUUUGAACCCAUAUCUCUAUGAUAGGACACUGCGACCAGAUUACGAGCUGAUGGCUCCUCAGUACAAUACAGACACCGAUGCCGUUAUCUUCUGUCAUAGAGAUGAUGCCAGGGAGAUCGAUGACAAUGGUAAGCGCCUUUUAGAGCCAAUCACAUGCUACAAUUUCAAAUACAAGCCUCUUCAUGAGGAUUUGUCAAGAUCCAAUUCUAAAUAUGAGCAGUUGAUGACUAUAUUGAGCCAAACGUACCGCCACAGCAACAGGAUUUCCGAGCCAAGCAAGGAACUUGGAGAUGAACCAGCAGAUUUCGAAAGACUUCGGUUUAUUGAGAUGUGGCGUAGGAAGCUGGCCGUAUUGAAGCAGCAGGCUAUGAACAAUUCGCUGAAGCAACAACUUGGAGCGGGAGGGGCUUCAACUGCUUCGAUAUCUCCAACGGGAGCGGGUAUGAUAAGGGGAAAUAAUUCUAUGCCUGGUACUGCGUCUGCUGCUACAGGAUUUGGUGGAUUCAUGACACAGCAAGAGCGUGCUAUGUUGAACCAGCGGCAGUUCAUGAGCCAGAGGCAUAAGGAGCAGAUGGCUGCUGCCAGUGUCUCCGGUAGUGUAUCAAAUUCAAGUGCCAAUUCGAAAUCUGGUUCCCCUGGUAUGGAAACUGGUAAAAAGGGUGGAAGAAAGAGAGCAGAAAGGAAGAGAAAGCCUAGAAAACCUACAAAGAAGCAGUUAGCUGCCCAGGCGGCAGUGACAGCGGCUACGGCAGCAGCAGCAGGAGCAGCAGGAGCAGCGUCAACCACGACAGAUCAUUCGGCCGUUGCUGGAAAGGCCCCUCCAGCGGCAUCUUAUGAGCCUCCUGCGAAAAAGAGAAAGACCUACAAAAGAAGAAAGAAAGAUACCGCAGCCGCAGUCAAAGCUGAAAACUGA